CUGCCGCUGCUGCCGUUGGCUCCUAUUCUCCUCCUCCUCCUCCUCUCUCCUCCUCUCUGCUCCUCUCUGCUCCUCUCUCCUCCUCUCUCCUCCUCCUCCUCCUCCACCUCCUCCUCCUUCUCCCCCUCUCUCUCCCCCUCUUUCUCUCUUCUCUUUCUCCCCCGUCCCCCCCGCCCCUCCCCCCCAGGCCUGAUGAGCAGGUCUCGCGCCUCCAUCCAUCGGGGGAGCAUCCCCGCGAUGUCCUAUGCCCCCUUCAGAGAUGUACGGGGACCCCCUAUGCACCGAACCCAAUACGUUCAUUCCCCAUAUGAUCGUCCUGGUUGGAACCCACGGUUCUGCAUCAUCUCGGGGAACCAGCUUCUCAUGCUGGAUGAGGACGAGAUACACCCCCUUCUGAUCCGGGACCGGAGGAGCGAGUCCAGUCGCAACAAACUGCUGAGACGCACGGUCUCCGUGCCGGUGGAGGGGCGGCCCCACGGCGAGCAUGAAUACCACUUGGGUCGCUCGAGGAGGAAGAGCGUCCCAGGGGGGAAGCAGUACAGCAUGGAGGCCGCCCCCGCUGCGCCCUUCCGGCCCUCGCAAGGCUUCCUGAGCCGGAGGUUAAAAAGCUCCAUCAAACGCACGAAGUCACAACCCAAACUUGACCGGACCAGCAGCUUUCGCCAGAUCCUGCCUCGCUUCCGAAGUGCUGACCAUGACAGGGCCCGGCUGAUGCAGAGCUUCAAGGAGUCACACUCGCAUGAGUCCUUGCUGAGCCCUAGCAGUGCGGCCGAGGCCUUGGAGCUCAACUUGGAUGAAGAUUCCAUUAUCAAGCCAGUGCAUAGCUCCAUCCUGGGCCAGGAGUUCUGUUUUGAGGUAACAACGUCUUCAGGAACAAAAUGUUUUGCCUGUCGUUCUGCGGCCGAAAGGGACAAAUGGAUCGAGAAUCUACAACGGGCAGUAAAACCCAACAAGGACAACAGCCGCCGGGUGGACAACGUGUUGAAGCUGUGGAUCAUAGAGGCUCGGGAGCUGCCCCCCAAGAAGCGGUACUACUGUGAGCUCUGCCUGGACGACAUGCUGUAUGCACGCACCACCUCCAAGCCCCGCUCGGCCUCAGGGGACACCGUCUUCUGGGGCGAGCACUUCGAGUUUAACAACCUGCCGGCUGUCCGCGCCCUGCGGCUACAUCUGUACCGUGACUCAGACAAAAAGCGCAAGAAGGACAAGGCGGGCUAUGUCGGCCUGGUGACUGUGCCUGUGGCCACCCUCGCUGGGCGCCACUUCACAGAGCAGUGGUACCCUGUCACCCUGCCGACGGGCAGCGGGGGCUCCGGGGGCAUGGGGGGCUCAGGAGGGGGCGGGGGCUCGGGGAGUGGCUCAGGGGGCAAGGGCAAAGGAGGCUGCCCGGCUGUGCGGCUGAAGGCGCGUUACCAGACAAUGAGUAUCCUGCCCAUGGAGCUGUAUAAGGAGUUUGCAGAGUAUGUCACCAACCAUUAUCGGAUGCUGUGUGCAGUACUGGAGCCCGCCCUGAAUGUCAAGGGCAAGGAGGAGGUCGCCAGUGCACUGGUUCACAUUCUGCAGAGUACGGGCAAGGCCAAGGACUUCCUUUCAGACAUGGCCAUGUCUGAGGUGGACCGGUUCAUGGAACGGGAGCACCUCAUAUUCCGCGAGAACACGCUCGCCACUAAAGCCAUAGAAGAGUACAUGAGACUGAUUGGUCAGAAAUACCUCAAGGAUGCCAUUGGGGAAUUCAUCCGUGCUCUGUAUGAGUCUGAGGAGAACUGCGAGGUGGACCCCAUCAAGUGCACGGCGUCCAGCCUGGCAGAGCACCAGGCCAACCUGCGGAUGUGCUGUGAGUUGGCCCUGUGCAAGGUGGUCAACUCCCACUGCGUGUUCCCGAGGGAGCUGAAGGAGGUGUUUGCAUCUUGGCGACUGCGCUGCGCAGAGCGGGGCCGGGAGGACAUCGCUGACAGGCUGAUCAGCGCCUCGCUCUUCUUGCGCUUCCUCUGCCCAGCCAUUAUGUCGCCCAGUCUCUUUGGGCUCAUGCAGGAGUACCCAGAUGAGCAGACCUCACGAACCCUAACCCUCAUCGCCAAGGUCAUCCAAAACCUGGCCAACUUUUCCAAGUUUACCUCAAAGGAGGACUUUCUGGGAUUCAUGAAUGAGUUUCUGGAGCUGGAGUGGGGUUCCAUGCAGCAGUUCCUGUAUGAGAUCUCCAACCUGGACACGCUGACCAACAGUAGUAGCUUUGAGGGUUACAUCGACUUGGGCCGAGAGCUCUCCACACUCCAUGCCCUGCUCUGGGAGGUGCUGCCCCAGCUCAGUAAGGAAGCCCUCCUGAAGCUGGGCCCACUGCCCCGGCUCCUCAAUGACAUCAGCACAGCUCUGAGGAACCCCAACAUCCAAAGGCAGCCAAGCCGUCAGAGUGAGCGGCCCCGGCCUCAGCCUGUGGUGCUGCGGGGCCCAUCGGCCGAGAUGCAGGGCUACAUGAUGCGGGACCUCAACAGCUCCAUCGACCUACAGUCCUUCAUGGCUCGAGGCCUCAACAGCUCUAUGGACAUGGCUCGCCUCCCCUCCCCAACCAAGGAAAAGCCACCCCCGCCACCUCCUGGUGGGGGUAAAGACCUGUUCUAUGUAAGCCGUCCACCCCUGGCCCGUUCCUCGCCAGCAUACUGCACGAGCAGCUCGGACAUCACAGAGCCAGAGCAGAAGAUGCUGAGUGUCAACAAGAGUGUCUCCAUGCUGGAUUUGCAGGGCGACGGGCCCGGCGGCCGCCUCAACAGUAGCAGUGUGUCCAACCUGGCGGCCGUUGGGGACCUGCUGCACUCAAGCCAGGCUUCCCUGACCGCAGCCUUGGGGCUGCGGCCUGCGCCCGCUGGACGCCUCUCCCAGGGGAGUGGCUCGUCCAUUACAGCAGCUGGCAUGCGCCUCAGCCAGAUGGGUGUCACCACGGAUGGUGUCCCUGCCCAGCAACUGCGCAUCCCCCUCUCCUUCCAGAACCCUCUCUUCCACAUGGCUGCUGAUGGGCCAGGCCCCCCAGGGGGCCACGGAGGGGGUGGUGGUCACGGCCCACCUUCCUCCCAUCACCACCAUCACCACCAUCACCACCACCGAGGUGGAGAGCCUCCCGGGGACACCUUUGCCCCGUUCCAUGGGUAUAGCAAGAGCGAGGACCUCUCCUCAGGGGUCCCCAAGCCCCCUGCCGCUUCCAUCCUUCACAGCCACAGCUACAGUGAUGAGUUUGGACCCUCUGGCACUGACUUCACCCGUCGGCAGCUCUCACUCCAGGACAACCUGCAGCACAUGCUGUCCCCUCCCCAGAUCACCAUUGGUCCCCAGAGGCCUGCCCCCUCAGGGCCUGGAGGUGGGAGCGGCGGUGGGGGCAGUGGUGGGGGUGGCGGGGGCCAACCGCCUCCAUUGCAGAGGGGCAAGUCUCAGCAGUUGACGGUCAGCGCUGCCCAGAAACCCCGGCCAUCCAGUGGGAAUCUGUUGCAGUCACCGGAGCCAAGCUAUGGCCCUGCCCGUCCGCGGCAACAGAGCCUCAGCAAAGAGGGCAGCAUUGGGGGCAGCGGGGGCAGCGGUGGCGGAGGGGGUGGGGGGCUCAAGCCCUCCAUCACCAAGCAGCAUUCUCAGGCGCCAUCCACGCUGAACCCCACCAUGCCAGCCUCCGAGCGGACGGUGGCCUGGGUCUCCAACAUGCCUCACCUGUCAGCUGACAUCGAGAGUGCCCACAUCGAGCGAGAAGAGUACAAGCUCAAGGAGUACUCUAAGUCGAUGGAUGAGAGCCGACUGGACAGGGUGAAGGAGUAUGAGGAGGAGAUCCACUCACUGAAGGAGCGGCUGCACAUGUCCAACCGGAAGCUAGAAGAGUAUGAGCGGAGGCUGCUGUCCCAGGAAGAGCAGACCAGCAAAAUCUUGAUGCAGUAUCAGGCCCGACUGGAGCAGAGUGAGAAGAGGCUAAGGCAGCAACAGGUGGAGAAGGAUUCGCAGAUCAAAAGCAUCAUUGGCAGGCUGAUGCUGGUGGAGGAGGAGCUGCGCCGGGACCACCCCGCCAUGCCUGAGCCGCUGCCCGAACCCAAGAAGAGGCUGCUCGACGCUCAGGAGAGGCAGCUUCCCCCCUUGGGUCCAACAAACCCGCGUGUGACGCUGGCCCCACCUUGGAACGGCCUGGCCCCCCCAGCACCGCCCCCCCCACCCCGGCUGCAGAUCACCGAGAACGGCGAGUUCCGAAACACCGCAGACCACUAGCCCACCCAGCCUCACAGACCUUCUCCCUCCCCAUGCACCCCACCCUGGAAUAGCACCCACCACCAGGACUGGAUGUCGCCGAGGGACAGCGGGAUUGCCUCCCUGAAUGCCUCCUUGGGGGGCACCAAUCCCCCAUCCCCACUGCACCAUUUCCAGGGGGGAAGAGUGCGGACCCUUAGCUGUCCCCUUUUCCUUCCUGUUGGGGUGCUGCCCCCUGUGGCCCCCAGGGACCCUUGCCCCAGGACACCACCUACCCCACACAGACCCCUUCACUCUGGGGUGCUAUCCCCAUCCUCUGCCUCAUCGUUCCCCUGAGCACUGGGGGACAGACCCUCACCCCCACCCUGGGGGUGUGGCACCUCCAAACUUUCAACUUCAGGGUGAUUUUUUAGCAGUAACCAGAGCUGACAAUCUAACUCCCCUCCACCGCCCCAUUUUGACCUCCCCUGUCCCCCUUGUUAUGGGGAGGGGACCCCAGGUGAGGGGGCCCUGUUACCCCUUGAUUUCUCAGGAGCGUCUGGGGGGGCUCAGCACGCACAAACUCCUUCUCCUAUUACUCUUAAAUUUACUCCCUCCCCACCCAGAACCCAGAUGGGGUGGAGGGGCCACCGGGGCAGGGAGGGGGCGGCAAGGGGGGAACGGGAGUCGUCUCCCCUUCCUCCCACACCUGAUCUGCUCUUGGCUGGUCCCAGAGCGGGGUGAGGGGGCUUAUGCCCCCCCCUCCCCCAGUGUGUUGGGUGGGGUGGAAUUGAGGUUAGGGUGAGGGGUUAGGGUCUAGGAGGGUGUGUGUGUUAGGGAGGACAGACUAGUUGAUCUGCCCUACCCUGACACACACAGUCCCCUUCGCCCCUCCCCUCUCUCUUCUUGGUCUCUACUCCCAGGGGGAGGGGGGAACUUACUCUAGGAAAAGCCAUGUCUCUCUCCCCCAGGGUGGGGGGACCUGUGUUGGAGGAGGGGUGUUGGGGGCCCCCUUCCAUGACUCUGUCCCCCCAGGGGAGGUAGGACAGGGCUGGGCUUCCCUCUCAUCCUCCCCCCUCCCCAAUCUCCCUCCACCUCCCUCCCUCCCGCCAGCUCCACAAUUUUUCGGUGUUUCUCUGUACAUAGCUCUCUGGCGGGAUAGGGGAGGUAGGAUGGAUGGGGUUUAGGGUGGGUAGGUCAUGGGAGGGGAGAAGCCCCUCCUUGGCACCCCCUUUUCCCUGACUGCUGUCCCCUACCCAGCCUUGCCCCCUCAUCCCUUCUUGCGUUUGGUAUUGAGACUCUUUCCAGACUUCACCCUUCUUUCUUUUGUAUGGACAGUCCCUCUUCAGUCCCAUCCCCCUACACACAUACACCCAGCCGGGGCCAAAUUUAUACUUAUAUAAAAGUUGUAAAUAUGUGAAAUUUUAUCCCUGUGCCCUUUCCUUGCUUUCCCAACCUCAGACCCUACCCCUGGACCCCCUUUCCUCCUCUCUUUGGCUGUUGUAAUUAUCUGGGGUUUGUACUGUACAUAUCGGGGGUGUGUGUGUGUGGGCUGGGGGCAACCCCUCUGUACAGAGCUUCCUGGCCCCCUCCCCCCCCACGCUUCCCUCCCCCUCCACCACCCUAAGGGUAGGGAGAUGCUCUUCCUACCUGUUUUAUUUUGUUUUCUCGUUAUCCCUCCCUACCCUAUCCCAACCCACUCCCGGCCUUCUCUGUCCUCCACCACUAUCCCUUUUUCUCCACUCCCAGCCCCAUUUCCUUUUUUUCUGGAGUGUGUGGUGAAACAGAAAAAUCAUGUUUAAUAAACGGAGAUUGUUCUUUUAUCGCUGUGCUGACUUUCCUAAGCUGGGACCUCCAGGGGGACAAGCAGGGUCCUGCUUUUUGACAGGAAGCUGACAGCCUGGGAGAAACUAUAUCCCUGCAUGAUGCCAGAGUCUCCUCCAGAGUAUCAUUCUCCCACCCAGAGACGAGAUUUAUUCUGUUUUUGAGCAGGGGUUGUGCACUGGCCAGGCUUACCCAAUCUCGCUCUCCCCUCACCACUGCUCCCCUUAAUCCGAAUGAGUAAAGAGGCCAGGGAACAGGAACAUUAUCUGAUAAAAAAUUACAAGUGUAUAUCUGCAGACACACAUAAAAAACAUAUUUAGUAAUUACCCAGAAAUAAGGUUUAUUUAAUUGCUGGGUAAAAUGCUCCCGUAGGGAAUGGAGGAAAGAACUUGGCUCCUCAGCAAAUCUUGAGUUCUAAUCUCAGGCCCGUCACUUGCCAGCUUCGGUUUCCCCCAGGAAACAGCACAGCAACACCUACCUUGCAGGGCUGGGGUUGGAAACAAGGUGAUGUGGACAACGGCUGGCCCACACAACAGGUGCCCACUUAACCUCGCCUUCACAGCACCCAGCAGGGGGCGGGCGCUAUAUUUAAUCACCCGCAGGGCUUACGGGUCGCCCCCUCCUUCCGGGCUAUGGUCUCUCGAGCCCUGGAUCGCCGUCCUCCCACAGGCGCCGCCACCCCGUCCGCCGCCGCGCGGGGGUCAGACACCUCCUGCCAGCACCGCCUUCUCGCCCGCGCAACCAAUCAACACGAGGCUUGUAGGCCACCGCCUUCCGAUUGGCUGCGGCUCUGGCACCGCCCACCGUACCUGGCGUUGGCGUCCGGUGGGAAGGCGGUGGCUUCCGGCCCGGGACUGAGCGGUGUCCGCGGACGCGCUCCGGCCCCGUGCCGCUUGUGUACCGGCGGGGGCGUGGCGGCGGGAAGGGUCUCCCUGCUGGCGCCCACGGUCUCCCGGCGGCCGCGGCUUCCCCGGAAUCGGGCCCUCUGGGCACCGUGAGAAGGAGUGGAGCGGCGGGCGGGAGCCGUCCGGGGCCGGCGAGGUCAGGCGCGUGGCUGGAAGGACCUCCUCAGCUUCCUCCACAGGCCCUGGAAGUGAAACGCCGGUUGGUCUUUUGUUGUGGUCGUUUAGUUUUUCUUUUCUUGGUGGGGGAGUGCGCGGGACUGAUCUGCGGAAACCACCACUGACUGAAAAGUUUCCCCGGGUUCGGUUGGGGAGGCGGGUGUUGUGUGAGGAGACGUGGUUGCCCUGAUCCAGAGCUUCUGUGACCCCCGUCUCUUUCCUCCACAGCCUUCAUCCCGCGGGGGGUCCGCCCCCAGCCCCUCAUCUCCUGUAUUUGAUCCUCUGGGAUCCCUCUUUCUGAGGCGGCCAUAUGGAUACCUCGACGCCCAUGCCCCCCGUUCCCCCCUCCCCGACCUGCAACCCCGCCCCACGGACAAUCCAGAUCGAGUUCCCGCAGCACAGCUCAGUGCUGCUGGAAGCCCUGAACCGCCACAGGCUAGAGGGAAAGUUCUGUGAUGUGUCCCUCUUGGUGCAGGGCCGGGAACUUAGGGCGCACAAAGCAGUGUUGGCUGCUGCCUCUCCUUACUUCCAUGACAAACUUCUUCUGGGGGAUGCGCCGCGUCUCACUCUGCCCAGCGUCAUUGAAGCCGAUGCCUUCGAGGGGCUGUUGCAGCUCAUUUAUUCAGGGCGCCUCCGUCUGCCACUGGAUGCUCUCCCUGCCCACCUCCUUGUGGCCAGUGGCCUCCAGAUGUGGCAAGUAGUAGAUCAGUGCUCAGAGAUUCUUAGAGAACUAGAAACCUCAGGUGGUGGAAUUUCAACCCGUGGGGCCACCUCUUACCACACACUUCUUUCCACCACAUCCUCUCCAGGAGGCUGGUGCAUUCGCUCUUCCCCUUUCCAGACCCCAGUGCAGUCUUCCACCUCUGCUGAGAGCCCCGUUUUAGGGGAGGGGAGUGAACUGGGAGAUGUGUUACAAAUUCAAGUUGAAGAAGAGGAGGAGGAGGAGGAGGAAGAAGAAGAAGAUGAGGAGGAGGACCAGGGGUCAGCAGCACCCUCUCAGACACCUCAGCCUCAGAGAGUAUCAGGGGCUUUUCCCUGUCCUCAUGGAUCACACCCACUACCUAUAUCCACUACUCCCCGCAGGGUUUCAGAGGGUGAGAGUGCACCACUUGAGCCACCUACCCCUCAUACUGCACUGCCCCCCAAAGUCUUCUACAUUAAGCAGGAACCCUCUGAGCCUAAAGAAGAGAUAUCAGGAGGUGGAACUCAGUCUGGAGGAACAAAGGAGGAGACCAAAGUGUUUCCUGGAGGGGACACUGAAGGGAAUGGAGAGCUAGGGUUCUCGCUGCCCUCAGGAGCGGGGGCAGCAUAUGGAGGAGGAGGAGGAGGUCCAUCCUGGAAACCAGUGGAUCUUCAUGGGAAUGAAAUCCUGUCAGGGGGUGGGGGACCGGGGGGGGCAGGACAGGCUGUGCAUGGGCCUGUCAAGUUAGGAGGUACACCCCCUGCCGAUGGAAAACGCUUUGGUUGCUUGUGUGGGAAGCGGUUUGCAGUGAAGCCAAAGCGUGACCGGCACAUCAUGCUGACCUUCAGCCUUCGGCCCUUUGGCUGUGGCAUCUGCAAUAAGCGCUUCAAGCUGAAGCACCAUCUGACAGAACAUAUGAAGACCCAUGCUGGAGCCCUGCAUGCCUGCCCCCAUUGUGGCCGUCGGUUCCGAGUCCAUGCCUGUUUCCUUCGCCAUCGGGACCUAUGCAAGGGCCAGGGUUGGGCCACUGCUCACUGGACUUACAACUGACUGCUGAGGCCGUACACUAAUUUCUAGGAUAAGAGAGCCACUGCUGCUGAUGGAUACUUUGCCCUCACAACCGUCACACCCCUCUUCUGGAUCUUGUAAUCAUGCCAAGAAAAUCUAUAUAUUCUGGAUAUCUUGUUCUUAAGUGUAGGCAUCAACCUGGCAGAUUUGGGAACUCAGAUUUCUCAUCUCCAGGUUUUUGCAAACCACCCCAUAGGAAGGUGGUUUACAGGGCGUACAUAAAUUGAUCACUUGCCCAUAAUAGACCUUUCAUAAAGGAAACCAGAUUUCAGAUUAGAAGUUUGUUUGGUGAGAGAAAAGUUACAGCAAAAAGAUGUAAAAAUGUUUCAUUUGGUCUCCAUGAGGUGUUAAAGGAGCUGGUGUCCAUGUAGGGAUGUUUGAUUCCAAGGUCUAAUAAUUCAGAAACUAAUAAGGUUCUCCUCUCCCUUGUCAUUGCUGAAAUGAUUUAGGCAGAGUUCUUUUUAAGUACUCUUAAAAAAGAAAGAGUACUUUCUUUUGUUCGGUCUUUCCAGAAGCCUCUCAGAUCAUAAUUUGCUCUGCACCUUCCCAACACUUCUGUUUUUAAUUUUGUAGUUAAGCACUUUAACAAAUUGAACAUUCCAUGUGUCAUUCUUAGAACCCUCUUUUUAACAGAGGAUAUUCCCUCGACAGCCUGUGCCUCUUGUUUAUCUUUGUCCACCACUGAUCACCCAUAUACUGAUCACAGUGAUUGGAAUGUGACCAGUGAACUCAGGAGAUGGCCACUGACCUAAAAUGCUCUCAGGGUAGCACCACUGUUGAACAAGUGGCUGUUGUCAGAGGCUGAGACAGCACGUAACAGAAGGCUGAAGAGUAUCUGCACAGUAGGACCACACCCCCUUCCUUUCCAUCCCACUCACAUGAUAGGCCCUUUGUUGACAGAUAGAAAAGUAGAUAUUGGAAUGGGGAGAUUGUGACAGUUUACUUAAUUUCUUCAAAUAAACUUUGCCCUGAAACCU